CAGCACCUUUUUUUUUGUUUGUUCGUUUGGUUGUUCGAUUCGUCACCCUUCUCCAUAGCCGACCAAGCUGCCCUAAUUUAUAUACAUUAAUCCCACAGCCAUGGCCACGAACAGCAUCAAGAUCUUUGCCGGUAACUCCCAUGUCGAGUUGGCCAAGCUGGUUGCUCGCCGCCUCGGAACCGAGCUCUCCAAAGCUGUUGUGCUCAAGUACUCGAACCAGGAGACCUCGGUCACCAUUGGAGAGUCCGUGCGUGAUGAGGAUGUGUACAUUAUCCAGUCUGGGUGCGGCGAGAUCAACGACAACUUGAUGGAGCUCCUCAUCAUGAUCAACGCCUGCAAGACCGCCUCUGCUCGCCGUAUCACCGCUAUCAUCCCCUGCUUCCCCUAUGCUCGUCAGGACAAGAAGGACAAGUCGCGUGCCCCCAUCACCGCAAAGUUGAUUGCCAACAUGUUGACCGUUGCCGGCGCCAACCACGUUAUCACUAUGGAUCUUCAUGCCUCUCAGAUCCAGGGAUUCUUCAACGUUCCCGUCGACAACCUGUACGCGGAGCCCAACACUUUGAGAUACAUCGCCGAGAACAUUCCUGAUUACAAGAACGGCGUUAUCGUCUCGCCUGAUGCUGGUGGUGCCAAGAGAGCUACGUCGAUUGCCGAUCGUCUGGACUUGGACUUUGCUCUGAUCCACAAGGAGCGCAAGAAGGCCAACGAGGUCUCGAGGAUGGUCUUGGUCGGAGAUGUUAAGGGAAAGAUCGCAAUUUUGGUAGAUGAUAUGGCCGAUACCUGCGGUACUCUCGGAUUGGCAGCCAAGACGCUGGCAGAGAAUGGUGCCAUCAAGGUCUACGCCAUUGUCACGCACGGCAUUCUGUGCGGCAAGGCUGUGCAGGUCAUCAAUGACAGCGUCCUGACCAAGGUCGUCGUCACUAACACUGUUCCUCAUGAGGAUAAGAAGAAAAUCUGCCCCAAGUUGGAUACGAUUGACAUCUCUGGCACGCUUGCUGAAGCCAUUCGUCGCACACACAAUGGAGAGUCUGUCAGCUAUCUUUUCAACCAUGCUGUCUAAAAGGCAUUUAUAUCUCCCCACUCUCACUCUCUGUUUUACAUUAUUUUUUUCUUGUCUUAUCAAACCGAAGCAUUGGGACUUUAUGGCCCUCGAUUUUUAUUACACACACACACACUCACACAUUCAUCAACUCGCACACUUCUCAUUUUCACAAUAAACACUUGGUCUGAAAACAA